AGGACCCUCCUGCUAGAUUUUUGUGGCCUAUGGAUUGGCCUGAUAUUGCAGUAUUUGCAGGUACAGCACACAAGAAAAAAAUAGGUAGCCUGGGUCUCCAAGCAGAUUUAAUCCUGGAUUUUGAUUGACCCGGUACUCCAAUAAAGGGAAGAUUCAAGCUUUAUAAAUGGUGGUCUAUAGUUCUGGAUGUCAAGCUGAGGAAGAAGACCUGUCCAUUCUUCUGUUCCUGCCCUAGACUUAUAGGGUGGACAACAUUAUGAUGACUGGCUACAUUGAAAUAUGUGAUGACUAGCAGCUUCCUAAGCAGAUACUGAUGAGCUAUGAGUUCUAUUGUCCUCCACUAUUUUGAUUCUGCCUUUGCCAGGGUAUAAAUUCGGAGACCUGCAGAACCUCCAACAACAAGCCUGGUAGCUCCAGCAAGGAUCCCCUUCUUCAGGUUUUAGAACUACAGCUUCAAAAUGUCUCAGACACCUAAAGCUGCUGCUGCCGCCAGCCAGGGCGCUGAUGUCAAGGAAAAGGGUACCCCUGGACCAAUUUCCCUUCCUGUAACCAAGCCCACAAAAAGUGGUGAAACAAGCCUGGGAACCUUCAAGGUGAUCAUCUUUGAGCAAGAGAACUUCCAAGGAAGACAUAUGGAGCUUCUGAAUGAGUGUGUAAACCUUGGGGAGCGAGGCUUUGACAGAGUACGCAGUGUUAUUGUCGACUCUGGACCCUGGGUUGCUUAUGAGCAGUCCAACUUCCGUGGCGAGAUGUUUAUCUUGGAGAAGGGCGAGUAUCCUCGUUGGGAUACCUGGUCUAGCAGCUAUAGGAGCGACUGCUUCGUGUCCCUACGCCCCAUCCGAAUGGAUAGCCAAGAACAUAAAAUAUCCCUGUUCGAAUCCGCUGACUUCAAGGGCAACAAGAUGGAAAUCAUUGAGGAUGACGUGCCCAGCCUGUGGGCCUAUGGAUUCUGUGACCGUGUGGGAAGCGUAAAAGUUCCCAGUGGAACUUGGGUCGGAUAUCAGUAUCCCGGAUACAGAGGCUAUCAAUAUCUGUUUGAAACCUGCGACUACAAACAUUGGAAUGAAUGGAGUGCUUUCCAGCCCCAGAUCCAGUCUAUCCGUCGUAUCAGAGAUAAGCAAUGGCAUCAGAAGGGAUGUUUUCUUAUCCCUAGUACUGCCAGCACCAAGUGAACACACCAGAUGUCCCCUGCUUGACAGAGAGCCUUUAGGAAUCCUUCUUGCAAAUUGACCUCAUCACCAUUUUUUUUAAUGACUCUGUCAAUUAAUUUGUUGUAUAUUGCACAUUUAAUGGAUGUACUUUACUUUAUGAUGCAAAUAAACACAGUG